UUUUUUUUUUUUUGCAGUCCUCUUUUCUUUUUCCAAAGGAGUUCAAGAUACAUGGAAACUGGAAACCUAACAAGUGUCUCAGAAUUCUUCCUCAUGGGUCUCUCCGAUGAUCCAGAACUGCAGCCUUUGCUUUUCAUUAUGUUCCUGUCCAUGUACCUGGUCACCAUGUUGGGGAACCUGCUCAUCAUCCUGGCUGUCACCUCUGACCCCCACCUCCACACCCCCAUGUACUUCUUCCUCUCCAACCUGUCCUUGGCUGACAUCGGUUUCAUCUCCACCACGGUCCCCAAGAUGAUUGUGAACAUCCAAACUCACAGCAGAGUCAUCUCCUAUGAGGGCUGCCUGACACAGAUGUCUAUGUUAAUCCUUUUUGGAUGUAUGGAUGACAUGCUUCUGACUGUGAUGGCCUAUGACAGGUUUGAGGCCAUCUGUCACCCACUGCACUACCAGGUCAUCAUGAGCCCACGCUUCUGUGGCUUCUUAGUUUUGGUGUCUUUUUUCCUUAGUCUUUUGGAGUCCCAGCUGCACAAUUUGAUUGUGUUGCAACUUACCUGCUUCAAGGAUGUGGAAAUUCCUAAUUUCUUCUGUGACCCUUCUCAACUCCUCAAUCUUGCCUGUUCUGACACUUUCACCAAUAGCACAGUCAUGUAUUUUAUUGGUGCUGUCUUUGGUUUUCUCCCUUUCUUAGUGAUCUUUUUCUCUUACUAUAAAAUUAUUUCCUCCAUUCUCAGAGUCCCCUCAUCAGGUGGGAAGUAUAAAGCCUUCGCCACCUGUGGUUCUCACCUGUCAGUUGUUUGCUUAUUUUAUGGAACAGCCCUUAGUGUGUACCUCAGUUCAAAUAUCUCAAAAUCUCCCAAGAAGGAUGUAGUGUCCUCUGUGAUGUCUGCUGUGGUCACCCCCAUGCUGAACCCCUUCAUCUACAGUCUGAGGAACAGAAACAUCAAAAAGGCCAUGUGGAGGUUCCUUAGCAAAGAAAUCUCAUCUUAG